UCAGAGAAAACAUGUUUAUUUUUAGUUUUUCCACUCAACACACAUUCGAAUGAUUGUCUAUUUUUAAAAAGAAAAUACUAUAUUGCAUCGCAUGUUCCCGAAUGAAAAGCGUAUUUGUGUGAAAUUCUAGAAACACUGAGAAUUUUCUCGAGCACAUUUCAAAAAUACAUCAUUUUGCUUAUAUAUAAAAAGCAACCGGUUUCGCAAUAAAGUGAUCAACGUAAUUCAAUCAGAAUGACUACAGAGCAAUUAAACGACGAAGCAGUUGCGUUUAAGGAGCAAGGAAAUUCAUCUUUUAAGAAUUGUGAUUGGACAGGUGCAGUCGAGGCAUAUACAAUGGCAAUCAAACGUGGAACAAAACACAAGCAAUUGGCAACAUUCUACAAAAAUCGUGCGGCCGCAUAUUUGAAGUUGGAAAAGUUCGAGCUUGUCGUAAGAGAUUGUAACAAAUCAUUGGAAUUGGAACCGAACGAACCAAAGGCAUUGUUUCGUCGAGCACAGGCCAACGAGCAGUUGGGCCGUUUUGAAGAAGCCUAUCGGGAUGCAGUGAACGUAUGGAAUAUUGACAAAAGUGAUAAAUCGGUUAAAAGUUUUGUCGAAGAAUUGCACACGAUUGUUCAACGUCGAGCUGAAGAGAAUGCACAAACCUCGAACAAGGUGCAAAAAAUGGUGGAGCUAGCAUUCGAUAUGGAAAAGCCAAUGGACACACGUGCCUCAGCAAUGAAUAAUAUUUUAGUUUUGGCAAGAGAACAUGUCGGAGCUGAUAUUCUUCUAAAGUCGGGCGUCAUCCAGAAAAUUGUUAAUCUCUUGAAGUACGAGAAAAAGAAGGAGAUUAGUGUGAAUGCAAUCAGAACGAUUAGUGAAGUGUGCAGUAGAUCAUUGCAACGAACCCGCGAAGUUUUGAAAAUUAUAGGUGUGCCAUGGUUUUUCCAAAUUUUAAACAGCAAAGAUACUGAACGCGUAAAUGCGGUCCAACACUGUAUCCAAACGAUUUUAAAUUCAUUUUCGGGCAUGGACACAAAAACGGGCUCAAAACCCGUGAAGGAACUUUGUGAGGAGAAUAAUAGUGAAAUCGAUGCAAUUCUAUCGACUCUCGUCUAUUCGAUAACAGAGCCAACCAUAAGUGGAUUGGCCCGAGAUGCCAUUAUUGAAGUCAUCACACGUAACAUUAAUUAUGAUGCAUUGAAUUGGGCGGAACGUUUAAUCGAAAUCAAAGGAUUACAUCGUUUGCUGAAAGUGUGCAGCGAAAUGGAAGAGUAUAAGUCGGAAUGUUCAAUGGAAAUUACGCCAUCGUCAAGGACCAUUGCAGCAGUGUGUUUGUCACGAAUUUAUGACAAUAUGUACUACGAUAAAUUACGUGAACGUUACACAGAACAAGUGGAUGAAUUUAUAAAAGAUAAACUUUUGGAUCCAGAAUUGGAGGAAAAAGUACGUGUUGUUGUAGUUAUUACAGCGAUUUUGACUUGUGCAAUGGACGUCGGUGCGACGAUUAUUGGCCGAGAGGGAAUAUUGCAAAUGGUUUUGGCAUUUGCUCAGUCGGACGAUGUGCUUCAACAGAGAGUUGCAUGUGAAUGCAUCGUUGCCGCUUGUUUGAAGCAGGACAAAGCAAAGGCCAUCAUGUCUCAAGGUGUUGAUAUUUUGAAGAAUUUGUACCACUCCAAAGACGAUUCGAUUAAAGUUCGUGCAUUGGUGGGUCUCUGUAAAGUCGGUAGUUCCGGUGGUGUUGAUGCCUCUAUUCGUCCAUUUGCUGACGGUGCAACGUUGAAAUUAGCCGAAGCAUGUCGUCGAUUUUUAAUCAAACCCGGCAAAGACAAAGACAUUCGAAAAUGGGCGGCCGAUGGUUUGGCUUAUUUGACAUUGGAUGCUGAAGUUAAAGAAAAAUUAUGCGAAGAUACGGCAGCCAUUCAAUCACUCAUUGAUCUGGCCAAGACCGGAAAUCAAGAUGUACUAUAUGGUAUUGUUACAACAUUUGUUAAUUUAUGCAACGCAUACGAUAAACAAGAAAUUCUACCCGAAAUGGUUGAACUGGCCAAAUUUGCAAAGCAUCACAUCCCAGAGGAGCACGAAUUAGACGAUGAGGACUUUAUAAAUAAGCGCAUUUCAAUGCUAACAGACGCUGGCAUUGUUAGCGCCUUGGUGGCACUCAGCAAAACCGAAAGUAACAAUUCGAAAGAAUUAAUUGCCCGUGUACUGAAUGCAAUUUGUAAUUUGCAAGAGUUGCGAGGCAAAGUAGUGCAACAAGGUGGCGCAAAAGCAUUAUUGCCACUUUGUUUCAAUUGCACGGAGAAAGGCAAGCGUCAAGCAGCUCAAGCUCUUUCACGAAUCGGUAUAACAAUCAAUCCAGAGAUUGCAUUCUCUGGACAACGAAAUCUCGAGGUGAUUCGUCCACUCUUGAAUCAGUUACACCAAGAUUACAAGGCAUUGGAAAACUUUGAAGCAUUAAUGGCUCUCUGUAAUUUGGCAGCCAUGAACGACACGGUGCGACAGCGAAUCAUUAAAGAAGGCGGUUUGCAGAAAAUUGAAAUGUAUCUCAUGGAAGACCAUUUGUUGUUGAGUCGAGCUGCCACUCAGGUCAUAUGUAACUUGGUUAUGUCCAAGGAUGUUGUGAAAUUGUUCGAAUCGAAAAAUGAUCGUGUUAAAUUUUUAUGCCUUCUGUGCCAAGAAGAAGAUGAAGAAACAGCAAUGGCCGCUGCGGGCGCAUUGGCCAUUCUAACAUCCGACAGUAAAAAAUGUUGUGAAAAAAUGUUUGAACCAAAUGCAUGGUUAGAAAUAUUCCAUACACUAAUUGCGAAUCCAUCGACAGCCGUGCAGCACCGUGGAUUGGUCAUUGUGCUGAAUGUAAUUCGGUCGAGUACCGAAUUGGCCGAAAAAUUACUAAACACUGAUGUAAUCGACUUGCUCAAUGGGUUGGCACAGUUGCCGGAUGAAAGCAGAGCCAAAGCACGGGAAAUUGCCGUUGAGUGUCUUAAAGAAGCUGAAAAAUUACAUCUCGUUGAGAAAACGAAUAAAAAUACGGAAUAAAUCGAUAUGAAAAGUAUUUGAAGGUCAAUCAUAAAAUGUAUUCAACUCCAUAUCAUCAAAUCAAUAGUUAAUAAUGAUAAUCAUGUUUUUUAACCUACUUUUAGAUCUAAUGCUCGUUUAAAAUAUUUAUAAAUUUUAAUAUUUUACUAUAGUCGUUGACGAUCUAACAAAAACUGAAUAAAAAUGCAUUUUCAAUUUUAUUUAUUUUUCUA